AUGUCACCCUCCCCAGACCUCCUCUUCCUCUUCAGGCUUUAUUUCAGUAAAUUCUCCAACAUCAACUCAUCUGGCGAGCUCGCCGAGACCAUCCCCGUGGUGCACGCCUCCAUCGCCGGCUGCCGCAUCAUCGGGCGGAUGUGUGUGGGGAACAGACACGGUCUCCUGGUGCCCAACAACACUACUGACCAGGAGCUACAACAUAUUAGAAACUGCCUCCCAGACUCAGUGCAGAUCCGGCGGGUGGAGGAGCGGCUCUCAGCCCUGGGCAAUGUCACCACCUGCAAUGACUAUGUGGCCUUGGUCCACCCAGAUCUGGACAGGGAGACAGAAGAAAUCCUGGCUGAUGUGCUCAAAGUGGAAGUCUUCAGACAGACUGUGGCUGACCAGGUGUUAGUAGGAAGCUACUGUGUCUUCAGCAAUCAGGGAGGGCUGGUACAUCCCAAGACUUCAAUUGAAGACCAGGAUGAACUGUCCUCUCUCCUUCAGGUCCCCCUUGUGGCGGGCACUGUGAACCGGGGCAGCGAGGUCAUCGCUGCUGGGAUGGUGGUGAACGACUGGUGUGCCUUCUGUGGCCUGGACACAACCAGCACAGAGCUUUCAGUGGUGGAGAGUGUCUUUAAGCUGAAUGAAGCCCAGCCUAGCACCAUUGCUACCAGCAUGCGGGAUUCACUCAUUGACAGCCUUACCUGAAUCACCUCCCAUGCCGUUUUGUUGGCUCCUGGUUCUGAACUUUGGCUCCCUCUCAGCGUCCCACCCACUGUGUCCCGGAUGUGGCAGAGAGCUCAUUGGUAUCAGGUGGCUGGGUGCCCAACCCUUCUUCACCAGUGCCCAUCUCCUGACUCUGGUUACUGCAAAAAUCUACCAUGUACUAGCUGUCAGGCCUUCUGGCUGCGAGCUGAGGGCCCUGCUGUCCUGUGCCAGCCAAUUAAAGGCAGCUGCUUCUGAUCAUU